AUUUUCAAAUGUCUCGAAGUUUUUUGAUAACUUGAUGUUGAAUUGGUGUUAAUGAGAAUAAUAUUUAAGCUUAGAUAAAUCUAAUAUUAAUACUUUCUAAGUUAAUGGUUCCAAUACUACUGAUGCAGUAAAACUACCAAUGAAUUGACGCCACCAAUGAAUGUAACACAACCAAUGAAAAAAUCUACACUUGCACUUUUAGUUAUCAAAGCGUUGUUCCCAAGAUUGUUAUUUUUCGUACAUGGUUUAUUAUGUAUAUGGAUAGUUUCUAAACAAGAGCAAGAUAAUAGAUUUUGGUAUUUGUUAAUACUAUUAUUUCUAUUAGUGUUUGAAGGCCUAUAUAAUGCAAUUGGUCGAAAGGGACUGGAAUUCCACUGGUUUUGUCCGAGCGCAUUUUUUUACUGUGUCGUACUGAUAGUAAGCAUUUCCUUUUUUCGUCACAGACAAAUUCAAUGUAUUGUAUAUGAAGAUUGUUCAUAUGAUUUGCUUGGUGAAGAUAUCAUAACAAGAACCUUCAGCAAAUGGUCUUUUUUAAAAAGAAUUAUUGUUAUUGAACAGACUGGUUUAUUUAUUUUAAUUAUCGGAAGAUGGAUGCUUCCUUCAGGUACUUUAUCCCGGCAGCAGUUUUCUCAAAUCAUAUUAAUUUAUAUUGGCACGGCAGCGGAUAUUGUUGAGUUUAAUGAUAUUUAUGCAAAUGAUGUUGCUAUAGCUGACAUUCAAAAAAUUGGUGGAACUGCUUCCAUAUUACAUGGGGUUAUGGGAGUAUGGGGUUUAUCUGUGCUUCAGUUUUCAUUAACUAUAAUAUUACCUGAAGAAGGAUUGAAACAAGAAGAAAAAGAAGAAUACAACGAGUUUCAAGAAAUGAGUUAUUUAAAAAAAAUUAAAUCAAAUCAAGUAGGACCUACAUCGUAUAUGCAUUAUAAAACAAUGCUCCAAAGAGUUAGUGAUGAUAAGCAAACAGUUACGCAACAAACAUUUCCAACUAAUUUUAAACAUGAUGACUUUGAUAAAGAAGACAACAGUUCCUGGCGGGCAUUGUACGAUUCAAACUUGUCUAAAAUGCCUAUAGCUAGCCUGGUUGAAGAUGCAGAUCCAGAAAAUGAUAAACCUUUUGACGAGACUAAAAAAAGUAAGCAUAAAAAAUGUAUUAAAAAAUACCUGGAGUUAGUAGGCACUUUAUUGGCUCUAUGUAUGCAAGAUGGUCCCUUUUUUAUAUUUCGUUUUGUACUUGUUACUCGUUACGAAGUUGUUACAGAAAUGAUGAUAUUGCUCAUAAUAAAAAAUGCUCUCGUUAUAUUUGUACAAACUUACAGAAUGUUAAUUUUAUAUUGUACCGAACCAAAGCCUGAAGACAACAAUACUGAAAAUUCAGAGAUUAGAAGCGUAAUGGAGCAAAAUACAAAGACUAUUUCAAGAUUAGCAAUCAAACGUCACAGAGCCGGUUUGGCACUUACAGCUCUAGCGAGAAUGCAAAAUAUAGAUAAAAAUAAAGAUUCUUCUUUAAACCCCAACAUGCAGUUAUAAAUUAAUCUGAUUUUCAAACAUGCGUUGGUAAAAGAAGUGACACUAUUUUUAUCUUAUCAAAACGUGUUUUAAGUGUAUUAAGAAAAAACAAACUUACGACGUUCUUUUAGUAGACAAAAUGGCUAGCCUGAAACGCUAUAACACAAAUUUUCCAUAGUAUUUAAAAAUAUAAAAAUAUCAAAAAUACAACAUAGAUAAUGUGUUAAACUUACAUUUUUGCUUUUCCAAAAGUUUAUCAAUUUAUUUUCUGAACUUGCUAGUGUUUUUAAAUUAAACAAAAAUUUAUAUGUUCUAAAAGUUGUAUGUACUAGUAUAUAUAAUUUUAUCGACAGAAAAAAUAUUUUUGUUAUUAAGAAUGUGAAUACAAAUAACACAAAUAGCGUUUGCUACUUUUUAUUGUAGAACAUGAGUACGCCAUAAGCAUCUAAUGUAAUACAUUUUAUUCGUGUUAUACAAAACAAAUAACUGUAUAAAGCUACUUGCUUGAUAGCAACAAUUCAUUUUCGUCUAGUAAUUAUAUAUAUAUUUACUAAAUGGAAAGAUACUAUUUCCAUCUUA